AUGCAACGCCUGUUCAAAUUCUUCAAGAAGUCCGACAAGUCCAACACUAAGAAGUUCGAGAGUGAAUUGGACCAGCUGGAGCUCGAGAACGAUGGUCUUAGGCAAUCGUUGGCCUCUGAACGUUCCAGAAAUGUCGACCUGCACACGAAUCUGGAGAACGAACGAGAGGCUCAAAUUGGAUAUCGCUUGCAGGCGAUUCAAGAAAACGAGAACUUCGAGAAGCUUAGAAUGAUUCAGAAGCAUCGAAAUGAUAAAAAUAGCGCAUUGGAGAAGGAUAUCGAGGCCAAUAAGAAGCAUAUUGAAGCCUUUAAAUUGCUCGCGUCGAACUGCGGUACAGUUUUUGAUCCAGAGAUCUUGAAGAAGUUUUUGCAAGAUGAGGAAAGCCAACGUGAGAAAUACCGUUUGAGAACAAUGAAAGCUCGCAAGAUGCUCCAGAAGGCCCAAGAGAAAAAGGAGGGAGAUCAGAAGGCUUGGAGUCUCUGUGAAGUCUGUGCAUUCCAAUUCGCAGACACUGAAAAGCAAGCGCCACGCGUUCUUGCAUGCGGCCACACUAUCUGCCAGUCAUGCAUUAUCAAGCUGGCCGCUCAGACUCCAGGGAAGAUCAAGUGCCCUUUCGACCGAGUUUCUACCCAUUGGAGCGAUCGGGAAAUCGAUAUUUGCCUUCAGAAGAAUCUCACUCUCCUCCACCUGUAG